CUUUAUUAGCAUAACAAACAAACAAUUUUCACCCACUCUCCCUUACGUACAGCUGUGCGGGUAGUCCCGCCCACUUAUCCAAAUCACUGUGUACUGACACACAGGUUGACCAAUAAAAAAUAUAUAAUGGCAACUUGUGCAACCAGCUAUCCAAUAGGAUCGCACGUAAGGCGGGGCCUAAAGAUCAAACUUGGUUGAAUGGCAAUACAAAGACAAGAAGCACCAAAACGGAGGAUAACGCUUAAUCAAUUCUGCGUGCUUCGGUCUUGAGAAUCUGCAGGGAAAGGACGUGCAGCUCGUCCGGCACAGUCAUUACGCAGCUCAGCUCGCGCAGAGCGGAUUCGACGUUCCUCUGGCGUGACAAUUCAUCUUCUCAUCUAGACGCCAGCGCUGAUGAUGCUGCUAGUGCACCAAGAUCAUUGGAGAUACCUAUCUGCACAGCACGGAUGAAGACUCCUUCACUAAAAGACACUUGUGAGGUCAUCUUGGGAAGACGCAACUUCUCAUGCAGAUCUAACAGCGUGAGCCCACCCGGCGCUGGCGCUCCUGGACUGAGGGGAGGGACGGAGCACAGAUCCGCUUGGGGCGAGUCUGAGUCCGUGGCGAACGGAUGUCCAUACUCGGCCAGAUCCUCCUGCAAAAAGCUCAUACGGUCCAACAGCCGGUGGAGAGAGGACGAUGACUUCGAGCGACAACCGGGCCGAGCCACGACCACCGUCAGCCGGGUUAGUUUCAGAUCCAAGUCUGCCUGGCAAGAACACGGGGAGGAGAGUCGCAACAAUAACAGAUCUUCCCCGAGGUACCGUGAUGGAGAAGUGAGACCCAAGUCCGUGGAGUUGGGUUUGGAGGACAGAAGAACCAAGUCCAAACCAGAGGAGGAGCCCAUGCCAGAAGUGAACUUUUCCAUGAGCGCGUGCUGCAACGGCCUGAUGCAGAUUUUCAAAUCUAAGAAGUUCCAGUCGGAGAAGUUAGAGAGGCUUUACCAGCGUUACUUCUUCCGACUUAACCAGAGCAGCUUGACGAUGCUCAUGGCCGUUCUGGUGCUGGUGUGCGCGGUGAUGCUGGGGUUCCACUGCGCUGGAGGAGUGUAUCGACUCACUUACGUGGUGGUUUUCUCCACGGCAAUCUUACUCAUUCUUACGCUGAUGGUCGUGUGCAACAGGAACGGCUUCCAUCAGGAUCACAUGUGGAUAGUUUGCUAUGUGCUCAUUUUGGUGGUGCUGGCUGUACAGGUGAUCGGUGUGCUGCUCGUGGAGCCGCGCAGCGCGUCUGAAGGCAUCUGGUGGACCGUGUUUUUCAUCCAUGUCAUUUACACACUUCUGCCGGUGCGGAUGAGAGCAGCGGUCAUCACUGGAAUUAUACUGUCUACCAUACAUGUGCUGGUCUCGUGGAAGUUAAACGAAAUGGACGUCUUUUUGUGGAAACAGCUCGUGUGCAAUGUCCUGAUCUUCUCCUGCACUAAUAUAGUUGGCGUGUGCACACACUACCCAGCAGAAGGCUCACAGAGGCAAGCCUUCCAGGAGACCAGAGAAUGUAUUCAAGCCCGCCUGCACUCUCAGAGAGAAAACCAGCAACAGGAACGCCUCCUCCUCUCUGUGCUUCCUCGAAAUGUCGCCAUGGAGAUGAAAGCCGACAUAAAUGCCAAACAAGAGGAUAUGAUGUUCCACAAGAUCUAUAUUCAAAAGCAUGACAAUGUGAGUAUCCUCUUUGCCGACAUUGAGGGCUUCACCAGUCUGGCUUCUCAGUGCACUGCACAGGAGUUAGUGAUGACCCUCAACGAGCUCUUCGCACGAUUCGACAAACUGGCCUCCGAGAAUCACUGUCUGCGGAUUAAGAUCCUGGGCGACUGCUACUACUGCGUGUCGGGGCUGCCUGAGGCCCGUGCUGACCAUGCACACUGCUGCGUGGAGAUGGGUGUGGACAUGAUCGAAGCAAUCUCGCGUAUUCAUAUCACCAAGGCCACACUGAAAUAUCUGAAUGGGGAUUAUGAUGUGGAACCGGGAUUUGGUGGAGAAAGAAACGUCUAUCUCAAGAAGCACAACAUUGAAACUUACCUCAUUGUGGGCUGCAGUCAGAAGCAGAAAGAAGAAAAGGCCAUGAUUGCUAAAAUGAACCGGCAACACACCAACUCGGUCACACAUAAUAGCACUCACUGGACCGACCGGCCCUUCUACAAUCACCUGGGUGGAAAUCAAGUUUCCAAAGAGAUGAAGAGGAUGGGAUUUGAGGAUCCCAAAGACAAAAACACGCAAGAAAACCUGAACCCUGAGGAUGAGGUGGAUGAGUUUCUGGGACGUGCCAUUGACGCUCGAAGCAUCGACCGAUUGCGGUCCGAACAAGUCAAGAAAUUUCUGCUGACAUUCCAAGAACCUGACCUGGAGAAGAAGUACUCCAAACAGGUAGACGCCAGGUUCGGAGCGUAUGUAGCCUGCGCUUCCCUCGUCUUUUUAUUCAUCUGCUUCAUUCAGAUCGUCAUUGUGCCGCACUCUGGGCUGAUGGUUGGCUUCUAUAUGCUGUGCCUGGUCCUCGUGAUGGCUGUCAUGUUCAUCUCAGCCAUUUACUCCUGUUUUGGGUUUUUCCCUGUGCCUCUGCAAACUCUCUCAAAAAGGAUUGUUCAGUCCAGAAUCAACAGCACCCUGGUGGGGGUUUUUACAACCGUCCUGGUCUUUCUCUCCGCUUUCAUUAACAUUUUUACCUGCAGUACGGAUGACCUGAAGACAUGUUUAGGGCAGGAGUUAAACAUCAGCCCCAGCGUUGUAAAUGCUUGCCAUGUCCGCAGCUCUUCCUUCAACUACUCUCUCUGGUCUCAGGGCAGUCUCUGCAACAGCUUGUCACCCACCUGCAAUUUCCCAGAGUAUUUCUCUUCAUGUGUGCUGCUCAGUUUACUGGCCUGCUCAGUGUUCCUACAGAUCAGCAGUAUUGGUAAACUCUUCCUCAUGCUCUUCAUUGAGAUCCUGUACGUGCUCAUCAUGGAGGUGCCUGAGGUCAGCCUUUUUGACAACGUGGACCUGCUGGUCAUGGCCAAUGCUAUAGAGUAUAUUAAUGGAACAAGCUGUGUGAUAGACACGCGGGUUCCUCUAAAGAUCAUGACUCCAGUCGUCAUCACGGUCUUUGUGCUGGCGCUCUACCUUCAUGCACAGCAGGUGGAGUCUACAGCCAGACUGGACUUUCUCUGGAAGUUACAGGCCACAGAGGAGAAAGAGGAGAUGGAGGAACUUCAGGCCUAUAACCGUCGGCUUCUCCACAACAUCUUGCCCAAAGAUGUGGCUGCACACUUUCUGGCACGCGAGCGGCGGAAUGACGAGCUGUAUUAUCAGUCGUGCGAAUGUGUGGCUGUCAUGUUUGCCUCUAUCAGCAACUUCUCUGAGUUCUACGUGGAACUGGAGGCCAAUAAUGAAGGUGUGGAGUGCUUGAGACUACUCAACGAGAUCAUUGCUGACUUUGAUGAGAUCAUUAGUGAGGAUCAGUUUCGUCAACUAGAAAAGAUCAAAACCAUUGGCAGCACCUAUAUGGUCGCGUCUGGGCUUAAUGACUCCACUUAUGAUAAAGCAGGAAGGUCGCACAUUCGCGCUCUAGCCGACUACGCUAUGCGCCUCAUGGACCAGAUGAAAUACAUCAAUGAGCACUCUUUCAAUAACUUCAAAAUGAAGAUCGGUCUCAAUAUAGGUCCCGUCGUGGCUGGUGUCAUAGGGGCUCGUAAACCGCAAUAUGACAUAUGGGGGAAUACUGUGAAUGUAGCCAGCCGUAUGGACAGCACUGGGGUACCUGAGAGAAUACAGGUCACAACUGACCUCUACCAGGUUCUCAGCUCCUAUAACUACACACUGGAGUGCAGAGGCGUUGUGAAAGUCAAGGGCAAAGGAGAAAUGACAACCUACUUCCUAAAUGGAGGACCUAACAGCAGUUAACACUCAAUGUCUGAUAUUCAGAACAUUUUUGAGAUGACAUGGAGAGGAGGCGCUGUGGGCCGGGCCUGCCAGGCUGUUGAAGGGCAUCCUCCUGGACCAAUCACAAUAGGAUUUGUUCAGAAACAGCCCUCAGCCAGUCUAAGAGUGGCCUCUUUGCACACUUAAGACUUCCUGUAGGAUUAAUGGAGGGCUUUGCCCCCUUUAUUUAAGGCAUGGAACAGCUCAGAAAGAUGGUUCAUCCUCAGAGACCAAAGAAACAAAGGAAUCUCAAGGUAUACAAAGCAGUUCUCCCAGUCUUAUAUUUCUUAUAUUGAUUGGCAAGAGAGGACAGAUGAACUGCAU